AUGAUUGAGGAUUUUUCUCAGAAGACGGAUCUCCAAGAUUACUCUGAAAGCAGCUGGUACCAGUAUUUCUGCAGGCAGCAGGAGUUCGAGCCGAGUGCUAGUCAGGAGUGUGAGCUGCUGGAUGAAAAUCGCCAUGGCAACAUCUGGGCUGAUCCUGAAUCUGGACGAGUACAAAGAUGUGCAGAUCGAUCGUUCGCCAAGGAUGCAAGAUUAAGACUUGAAGUUUUGAAGUCAGGUUGUGAUUUGUCAUCCUGCUGCGUCACGGACAGCACGCCAAGCAACUCUGAAGACGACCUCUCUGAUGCUGAAGAGACUAAAGAGUCAGCUUUGGAUUUGGUGGAGAUCCUUGAUAUAGAGGAUGAUGUGCAGGAUGACGAGAGCUGGUUGUAUGAGCCUCAGAGGAAACAGCCUCUUGUCGAGAAGGACUCUGCACUCAGGUGGUGUCGACAGGUGCUCGAUAACCGCAGCCCUGAGAUGGAGACUGCAUGCCGUCUGCUCAUGAACAAGCUGGACCAAAGAUCGAGGCAUCCAAUCUUCAGGUAUUCUUCAGUUUCCGCUGGUUCUUCUGUGGACAAAAGAUCAAUCAUCUCAUCAUUCAGUGGCUACAACAGUGUCGGUAAAGCUGAUGAACUUCUUUAUUGCUAA